UCGACCGUGGUGGUGGGUGGUCGUGGAGGGUCCGUGCUACACCAGCUCUUCCCCCACCUCUACACGCCCAGCUCGACAGCUGGUUCUUCUUCUUGUUAGUGUGUUUGCUGCGCUAGUCUGUGUCGUGUUGCUAGUCUCGUCCCAGGAAGGCGAGCGAAACAUAGAGUAAGCGUAUUGAUGAGUGGGGGUCAGGACCCACUAGCCCAAAGGCAUCAGCGCCAUUCCCGACAGGCCAGGAAGUCUUCAGUGAAACCUGAAGACCCCUGGGUACCACAGAGGACCCAGGCGAGGGGUCACGUCCCUACUCAAUCUACAGUGACCCACUCCCUCCAGCCCCGAUCUCAAGCGGCAUCUCGCUCUCUCUCUCCUCGACCUCUUUCGACUUCUUACUCACUCUCACCCCGUUCUCAAGGGACUUCUCGCUCGCUUUCACCAGAGCCUCGCUCGAAGGAUCCGAAGGGAAGUGUGUUCUUUAAUACAAUUAAAGCAAAGAACAGGCAAAAACUCUUGAAGGAAACCACCACCACCACCACCACUGGCGCCUCGACAGGUUCUCCAGCCAAGGCUGACCUGGGUGAUGUGGUGUUGUAUUUGCAAGGCGCCUCGGAAGCUGAGGAGUGCAACCUAAAACCAACAGCGGCACGACCUUCUUGGCGUCAGGAGCAGCAGCGAUUGCAUCACCAGCAGAAGAAACAGCAGCACCAAUUUCAACAGAGACAAGAGCAUUUGCAAAAUCAGCAUCAUCAAUUACUACAACAGCAACAAGAAUUGCAGCAACAGCAGCAGAUACUCUCUCGCCAACAAAAACAUCAGUUUGAGAGUUUACAAAGACAACAGCAAAUACAGUACAGAGAUCUACUUAAGCAGCAACAGAAGUUCAUUAACAUACAAACAAAUAAACAACGGUAUGGUUACCUAGUUUAUCAGCAGCAGCAAGUACAACAACAUUUGUUGCAGCAGCAUAGAGUGCAGCAACAGCAAUUACAGUACCAUCAGUUACAGCAACAUCAAUCUAUAAAAGAACAAUUAUAUCAAAUCCAACAGCAGUUUACUUUACUGCAGCAACAGCAGCAGCAAUUACAACAGGAACAGCAUCAGUUCAAUCAACAACUUAAAGAGCAGCAACAACUGGAAGAGCAGCAAAAGCAAAAAGAACUCGAACAGGAACAGCAGCCAACACAGCAACGAGUCAGAAAACGAAGUGAAUCAUCGGAGGAAGGCAACAAUGACGAUUCGUUUAGUAACAUAAACAAACUCCUUCAGAAUGUAUUGAGUCCCACAGAGGAAGCAGAAACUGAAGAAGAAGAAGACGAAAUAACUGAUGAUACAGCGACCGUUGUAUCAGAUAGGGCGCCAUCUGACACGCAACUAGACCGCAGCGAAGAAAGUCUAGAGGAGAGAGUAGAGAGUAUCCAGACAGAGACCAAGAAAGUUGAAGAGUGUGUAGACAGGGUUCGAUCCUUCAGCUUGAGCAGUGUUGCCACAGAAGACCAUAGAGCUAAGCAGGUCUAUCCGCAAGUACGUCGUAAAUCCUUAGGGCUCAGCAAAGGGCCAUCUGGGCUGAAUGUGGGACCAUCACUACUCCAGCAUGGUCCUGCCGGGCAACAUAAAGGUCCUGGAAACCUAAAUAAGGGUCCAGCUUGGUUAAAUAAGGGCCCAAGUAAUAUAAAUAAGGGUCCCGGUGAAUUAACUAAGGGCCCAAGUUACCUUAGCAAAGGCCCAGCAGAAAUAAACCUUGGCCCUUCUGAUAGACGGACUGGACCCUCGGGAAUAAACAGGGGUCCUAGUAACCUCAACAAGGGCCCUGUGACCGAACACAUGAGUCAAGCCACCAUCUACAGAGGACCUUCCUCGUUAGCUAAGGGUCCUGCCAACAAAAUUCUUGGCCCUGCGACCAGGCUGCCCUUGGAACAGACACACUGAGCACUGUCAUCAAACA